AUGACAAGGGAGUUAAGAUUCCUGUGUUGGCCCCUGUGGCCCCUGGCCCUCCUCAGCCUGCUCACAACAGUGAGGAUGCUAGAAUUCGGUGGGGCACCCGGUCAGUGGGCACGCUACGGACGCUGGGAAGCUGGGUCAGUGGGUGAGCUGAGCUUUAGCCUCAAGACCAACAUCAGCAAAGCCUUGGUACUCUACCUGGACGACGGUGGCAACUGUGACUUCUUGGAGCUGCUGAUCGCUGGCGGGCGCCUCCAGCUGCGCUUCGCCAUCCACUGUGCCGAGCCGGCCACUUUGCACAUGGAGACACGGGUGAACGACGACCGCUGGCACAUGGUCUUGCUCACCCGCAACUUCCGUGAGACCCUUCUGAUGGUGGACGGGGAGACAAAAGUGGCUGAGGUCAAGUCCAAGAGGAAGGAGAUGGCAGUGGUCAGUGACCUGUUUGUAGGCGGGAUUCCACCUGAUGUACGUCUCUCUGCACUGACAUCCAGCACAGUCAAGUACGAGCCACCCUUCCAGGGCUUGAUCUCCAAUCUGAAGGUGGGGGAGAUGCCUCCUACUUUGCUAAACAGCCAGGGCAUCCAGAGUGACUUGGAGUACCUCUGCACCAAACAGAAUCCGUGCUUCAAUGGAGGGUUUUGCUCUAUUCAGUAUGGAGAGGUUCACUGUGACUGCACCCUAACCCGCUACAAGGGGAAAUACUGCAAGGAAGAUGUGUUCAGGCCUGGACUCAUACAUUUGGGGGUAGGAGAGCAGGGAAAGGCUGGAGGUAAGGAGGAGUCAGUGGCCACCUUCAAGGGCAACGAGUUCUUCUGCUACGACCUGUCGCUGACGCCCAUCCAGAGCAGCACCGACGAGAUCACGCUUUCCUUCCGCACGCUGCAACGCAACGGCCUCAUGCUCCACACCGGGAAGUCGGCCGACUACGUCAACCUUUCGUUGAAGAGCGGCGCCGUUUGGCUGGUCAUCAACCUGGGCUCGGGGGCCUUCGAGGCCCUGGUGGAGCCUGUCAACGGCAAGUUCAAUGACAACGCCUGGCAUGAUGUGCGCGUCACCCGCAACCUGCGCCAGCACGCAGGCAUUGGACACGCUAUGGUGACCAUCUCAGUUGAUGGUAUAUUGACCACCACUGGUUACACCCAGGAAGAUUACACCAUGUUGGGCUCAGAUGACUUCUUCUACAUCGGAGGGAGCCCCAACACUGCCGACCUGCCCGGAUCACCGGUCAGCAACAACUUCAUGGGCUGCCUUAGAGAUGUGGUGUACAAGAACAACGACUUUAAGCUGGAGCUGUCACGGCUCGCCAUCGAGCGUGACCCUAAAAUAACCCUUAACGGUGACCUUGUGUUCCGCUGCGAAGACGUGGCGGCCCUGGACCCUGUCACCUUCGAGACCGCCGAGUCCUACAUCUCCCUGCCCAAGUGGAACACCAAGAAAACAGGGUCCAUCUCUUUCGACUUCCGCACCACAGAGCCCAGCGGCCUCCUGCUGUUCAGCCACGGUCGCCCUCAGGGUCCCAAAGAGCAGAAACCCGGGAGAGAGCUGAAGACAGAUUACUUUGCCAUGGAGCUGCUGGACGGGUAUUUGUACCUACUGAUCGAUAUGGGCUCAGGAAAAACAAAGCUGAAGGCCAGCAACAAAAAGGUCAAUGACGGAGAAUGGUGUCAUGUGGAUUUCCAGAGGGAAGGGAGGAAAGGAUCCAUCUCAGUCAACAGCCGCAGCAUGCCCUUCAGCUCCCCAGAGGGCAGUGAGAUCCUGGACCUUGACAGUGAUAUGUACCUGGGUGGGCUGCCAGAAUUAAAGUCAGAUCUCAUUCUGCCACCUGAGGUUUGGACAGCGCUACUCAACUAUGGCUAUGUAGGCUGUGUCCGCGACCUCUUCAUAGACGGCAAAAGCCGUGAUGUCCGCCGUCUGGCUGAGAUCCAGAGUGCACUGGGUGUCAGCAGUUUCUGCACCCGUGAGCUGCAGAAGCGGUGCAGCAGUGCCCCCUGUGGCAACACAGGUCUGUGCAAAGAGGGCUGGAACCGCUACAUUUGUGAUUGCACCGGCACCGGAUACCUGGGAACCAACUGUGAGAUAGAGGCGACGGUGCUGAGUUACGACGGCAGCAUGUACUUGAAAAUCAUCAUGCCGGUCACCAUGCACACGGAGGCGGAGGACGUGGCCCUGCGUUUCAUGUCUCAGCGGGCUUACGGCCUGCUCAUGGCCACCACCUCCAAGGAGUCAGCGGACACCCUGCGACUGGAGCUGGACGGAGGCCGCGUCAAACUCACCGUGAAUCUCGAUUGUAUCAGGAUAGACUGUAGCCUCAGCAAAGGACCUGAGACACUGUUUGCGGGGCAGAAGCUGAAUGACAACGAGUGGCACGCAGUGAAGGUGGUGCGAAGAGGAAAGAGCCUGCAGCUGUCCGUGGACAACAUCACAGUGGAAGGCCAGAUGACUGGUGCCCACACACGUCUCGAGUUCCACAAUAUCGAGACAGGCAUCAUGACUGAACGCCGCUUCAUAUCUGUGGUGCCCUCAAACUUCAUCGGUCAUCUCCAGGGCCUUACCUUCAACGGCUUACCCUACCUAGACCAAUGCAAAAAUGGGGACAUCUCCUACUGCGAGCUGAACGCCCGCUUUGGCAUGCGUCACAUCAUCGCAGAUCCGGUGACGUUUCGAACGAAAGGCAGCUACUUAGCUUUAGCAACCUUACAAGCUUACGCCUCCAUGCACCUCUUCUUUCAGUUUAAAACCACUACGCCAGACGGUCUGAUGCUCUUCAACUCUGGAGACGGGAGCGACUUCAUUGUUGUGGAACUGGUGAAGGGGUAUGUCCACUAUGUCUUUGACCUUGGCAACGGGCCAUCGCUGAUGAAGGGCAACUCUGACAAGCCGCUCAAUGACAACCAGUGGCACAACGUAGUGGUGUCCCGGGAUGCCAACAACGUACAUACGCUCAAGAUCGACUCACGCACCGUUACUCAGCACUCCAAUGGAGCCCGCAACCUGGACCUCAAAGGAGAGCUGUACAUCGGUGGCGUGACAAAGACCAUGUACAGCAAUCUGCCCAAGCUUAUUGCAUCCCGGGACGGGUACCAGGGCUGUCUGGCCUCUGUGGACCUGAAUGGGAGACUCCCUGACCUGAUCGCAGAUGCCCUCCACAGGGUGGGCCAGGUGGAACGAGGCUGCGAUGGUGAGUCAAACAACGGACCCAGUACCACCUGUACGGAGGAGUCUUGCUACCAUCAGGGAGUGUGUCUCCAGCAGUGGGAGGGCUUCACCUGCGACUGCACCAUGACGUCCUAUGGAGGCUCAUUUUGCAAUGACCUUGGAUUGUUGAUAAUGUUUGGCAGGGAUGGAGGAUGAGUUGUUGUUACAUGGCCCCCAAAUGAAAGUGUGAGCUGUGAUGCAUUAAAGAUCGCUCUCCCCUUCCUGCUAAAUCAAAAGCACGCAACUGUGUUGAGGAUCUCUCAGGAUUCAGGUCUGCAAGAUUUUAUUCAGAAACAGGUGGAAAGGGGAAAGAUCGGCGUGAUCUUCAACGUGGGAACGGACGACAUAAUCAUCGAGGAGAGCGCGGUGAUGGUGAGCGACGGCAAAUACCAUGUGGUGCGAUUCACACGCAGCGGUGGCAACGCCACACUACAGGUGGACAACCAGCCCGUCAUCGAACGUUUCCCAUCAGGGAACUUUGAUAAUGAGCGCCUGGCUAUUGCUAGACAAAGAAUCCCAUACCGACUCGGUCGGGUAGUUGACGAGUGGCUACUCGACAAAGGUCGCCAGCUGACCAUCUUCAACAGUCAGGCGUUCAUCAAAAUCGGUGGCGGUGGAGAGAAGGGGCGCCACUUCCAGGGCCAGAUCUCAGGCCUGUAUUACAACGGUCUGCAGGUGCUCAAACUGGCCGCUGAGGGCGACCCCAAUGUCCAGACCCAGGGUAACCUGCGGCUGGUGGGCGACGUGCCCUCGGUGCUCACUACUGACACCACCUCCACCACCCCGCUAGCUGAUAUGUCCACCACAAUCAUGGAGACAACCACCACCAUGGCCACAACCACCACCCGCAAACAGCGCUCGCCUACCAUGAGGGACAGUGUUACACAGAAUGCGGAUGACCUCUUGGUAGCAUCAGCUGAGUGUCCUAGCGAUGACGAAGAUUUGGAGGAGUGUGAGCCUGGAAAUGGAGGUGAAUUAGUGUUGCCCAUUAUAACCGUGGACUCCUUAGACCCCCCAUCCAUCGCCACCCGCUACCCAGUAAUCCCCUCGCCCCCCACCACCUACCGCCCCUUCCUCACCCUGCUCGAAACCACCAAAGAGUCCCUCCCCUUGCCCAACGGCCGGCCCCCCUGCCCCCUGGACCAGGAUGACUGCGAGGAGACCAUCGAGGUGUCUGCGUUUGGCUCGGGGGAGAUGACAGAGUCUGAUGACGAGGACUAUUACAAAAACUCCCCCCUGGUCACCGACAGGACUGUCCUCCCCCCUCCCCCAGCGGUCGAGGGCAGCGUCCAGAACCCCCGAGACCGCCAUUUCUCUCGCUUCCCCAAUUCCCACCGCCCGCCCCUCUCCUCCACCCCCACUGCCAACCCCGACCAGCUCAGCCCGCGCAUCAAGCCGGCCGCCGGCGGUAGCAGCAGUAGCAGUAACAACAUCCCUGCCGGGAAAAUGAAUACCCGGGACCAGGUGCUGCUGCCGCCAGCCCACCCCUCGUCAGACCCGGGCCAUCACAGAGUCCCGGGAAUAACCUACCCCCCAAAUUUCCCCCAUGUUCCCACUCCAGACCCCACGUCUCCCGAGAGAGGCCUCCCAGGUGCCGUAGAGGUGCAGCAGUCCAGCAGCACCACAGGAAUGGUUGUGGGCAUCGUAGCAGCCGCCGCCCUCUGCAUCCUCAUCCUGCUCUACGCCAUGUAUAAGUACCGCAACCGUGACGAGGGCUCCUACCAGGUGGACCAGAGUCGCAACUACAUCAGCAACUCAGCCACGCAGAGCAACGGAGCCCUGGUGAAGGAGAAACAGCCCACCACUGCCAAGACGGUCACCAAAAACAAGAAGAACAAAGACAAAGAGUACUACGUCUGAGGGAGCACCGCCGUAACACACAGAGACAGACAGCAGACGCACUUAGAGAAGGAAAGAGACAAGAGAGAGAAAGAGAGAGAGAGAGGGAGGGAGAAGAGGCAGUAUAUGGAAAACGGUGAGCGUAACCGAGAGGAUCAUUCAUUUAAAACUCAGUAUUGUCAGGUGCAUCGCCGUGCAUGUUACCAAUUCCAGUCUAAUCAUAGCAACACAGCAAAAUAAGAUUGCAAGGUGACAUCAUGGUUCUUCACACCUUUCAGCAUCGCUUUGAUUGAU